UCUACGCCUCGCGCGCUAUGAAGCGAGUACUGGUGGGACCGGCGGAUACUUGUAUUUUCCCGGGGGGAGUUUGUUGUGUGUGCAGGGGUAUUCUUUUUGAAAUCAUGGCUGUUAACUUUCAGACAUCGAUCCUUUCUCUGACUCUGCCGAUUUCCUGCCAAAUAUGCCUCGGAAAGGUCAAGCAGCCGGUCAUUUGUGCCAACCACCACGUGUUCUGUUCCUCCUGCAUGGAAAUGUGGUUAAAGAAAGCUAGCCAGUGUCCCAGCUGCAGAGUCGCCAUCACAGCUGAGAACCCAUGCAGAGAAAUCAUCGGUGAGUAGCUCCAUACAAACAGGACAAAAGCUAGGACUACAAGCAGGAUAUGAGAGGAGGCACUAAUGAGAGUGAACACAAUGACAAUCCUUCCAUGAGAAAAUGUCUGAGAAAAACCAGAGGAGAACUGCUUUUGCGGGAGUAUGAGGAGGAAAUGGAAGGGCUCUACAUAGAAAACAAGGAGUUGAAGACAAAAAAUCAAAGUCUGGAGUCACAACUGAAGAGCGCUUUGGAUCCCUGCAGCAUUAAAACGGUGCAAAUGGAUGACAAAAAAGUUGAGCCCUAUGUCCUGGAAGAAUGGACCAACAAGCUGCAAGCUGCCACCAAUGUUUGUGAUGAAGUAAAGCUGGACAUGGAUAAGCUAAAGGAGGCAAAUAGGGCGUUGCGGUUUCAAAACGUCGACCUUGUACAAGAGAACAUGAGAUUGAAAGCAGAGGUCGUGAGCAGAUCUCCUCAGAAGUUUGGUCGUAGUACAGUAGCAGCACUGGAAGCUACAAUCCAGCAGAAUGAUCGGGAUGUGGACCACCUGACGAUGGCUCUGGAGCACGGCGACCGGUACAUCAAAAACCUGGAGUCUCGGAUCCAAAUAUCUGAGGAGAGACGUCUUGAAGGGAACAGUACGGCUGAGGCGGACCCGCUGACAACACAGCAACACAAAAUCAACAUGAUGAUGAGGAGCUUGAGUGACAAUGAGAGAGAGUCCAUCUGCAGCAAUCCAUUGGCAGAAGGUGGAACAUUUGUUAGAAAUCACACUUCAAUGUUCAUGCCAUCUGCCGAUUACAAAGAGCUUAAAAAGAGUCUGACAAGAGACCAGAAAAACGACGUGGACUCGAAAAGCACCUCCUCUGAACUUUUGCCCGCCACCCCGUCCUCGGCCUUCCGCUCCCUGACUCUGAGAAGCCCUGGUGUCCGUGAAAAGAAAGUGGCAUUCAAACCUGCGUCUCAUCUGAGGAGGCUGGAUUUUGAAGAACUGCCAAGUCCUGGCAAGAGUGGCAGCACCAUGGAGAACCAAUUCAGCAGCCUCGAUAAAUUACCCACAAGUACUGACGUCGAACCCUCCAAGUCUGUCUUCUGGGGCGCCUGGCAGGGAUCUAAACCUGAAGACGGGUCAUCUCCAAGUUUAGAGAGCUCAGCUUUAGGAGCCACUUCCAGUACUCUGGUGACGGACGAGCCCAAGGGUCUUGAGACGUUCAGUGACUCCUCCAUGGAUGCAGCUUACCUGGACAAAAUCUCAGAGUUGGACUGCAUGAUGUUGGAUGGAGAGAGCUCCAGCAGCCGAGGAUCACAGCUCUCAUUGGCUCCCUCCACUCCCGGAGACUUGGACAACACCCUCGUCCCAGAACCACAACCCUGCUCUGAUGUCUCCUCAAGCCAUGGUGGAAAACCUGCGGCACAGUGUGACCAGAAGAGCUCCCCACCACAUAACAUGGGAGGGACCUUGAAUGACAAAGAGGAUCUAAAAGGCAUCGCAGAGGAGAGCUUUGCUGCACUGGAUUCCUGUAGGGAGAGCGAUGCCAAUGUCCCUGACAGUACGGGGCACGGAGGGUCCUCCCAGACUGACGAGCUGUCCUUUGAUUUGCUGUUUGAUUCGCUGGAAGACAGUAAGGCCGGUCCCUCUGGCUUUCUCAGUUCUGCAAGCCAAGACCAUGACCAUCUUAACCCCACCUCCUCCUCCUCGAUGAGUAAGCCUGUGAACACAACAAACAGACACGCACUGCUUAUCAGCCAGCCAACCAAGAGGAAGUCUCACAGUCCCUUUAACUCAAGCAGUCCCACAAAACUUUCUAAGCUCAUGUAAAACCAGAACCUGUGAGUGUUUGGCUUCACAUCCACACACAGCUGGAAGAAAUAACUCCACUGUGGUGCUGCAGAAUAAAUUCCUGAAUAUGAUCCUCUGGUGUAAGAUUUGGUCAUUUUGUCUGUUGCUAUUUGUAGGAUUUAGAACAAAAUAAUUCAGAUUUGUCAGAUAGUUUAUCUUGUAGUCUACUUUUUAGGUCUCAGUGACAGGUCAAUCUGUACAGUCUGAGAAUCUGUCUGUGUGUUAAUCUGACAAACACUUUCAGCCUACCGGUGUUUGUCAGUUUAAGCUAUUUAGUAAACAUGGUAAUUAUGUUUUACAUGCAAUACUGAAGACUGAUGAACGUGACUAUUAUGAAAAACUGAUAUUUUGAAAUAAAUAUUGCAAUGUAAGAAGAGUGUGUGAGGAAAUAAAUAAGUAAUGAAAGGAGAAA